GUGACGCAUGUGCGGUACAGUGACCCCGGAAGCGAUCUCUUCUAACACGUGUGUAGGGGCUCAGCAUGGCCGUGGAGAGCAGCCCCGACAUGGAUACUGCGCAGCAUGCCGUGCAAACUCCGUCCAAGAAAUCCCCAAACUUCACCAUCCGGGGGGUGCAGUCUAACCGAGAGUUCCUAGACUUCUUCUGGGACAUAGCCAAGCCGGACCAGGAGAUCAGACUGACCGCUACUGAGAACCUCAUCCAGUACCUGAAGUCCAGCACCAAGGUGGGUCUGUCACAGUAAUGCUAUGAGAAAGUGUUUAAUUCUGAUCUGUUAGUAACACAAUCCUUUAAGCUGCUCACAUCUGUAUGUUAUGUCUUUUCAUACAUCCUAAUUUGAUAUAAUCAGCAAUUCUGAGUAUUAAAUAAAUGGGCUCCGGUUAGGGUAAAGGUUUAAUAACUUGGGUCACACCGUGUGGGUGAACUGAUUUGCAUAACAAACCAAAAGGCAAUGAUCUGUACAGGAAGAGCUGGUAUUUUAAACGGAUUGAAAAGGGUAUCAGAGAUGUUAAAUAGUGCAGCAUUAUUAAAUGGAAUGAAAAGGGUAUUAGAGAUAGGGCAGCAUUAUUAAGAAUGCAAAGACAUUCCCAGUCAGUGAACUAUGGCUUUGUUUAUAAUGAUUAUAAUGACACUGCAUGAGUACAGUAGGGGGGUACUUAUGAUUAAACUGAUACUGUCACAAUGCAGAAGUUCAAGAUAUUUUAUGAAACACUGACAGAGUUUGAAAAUUCCCUGGAAUUCCGUCAUCUGGUGAUGAUCAGAACAUUUUCAUAUUUAUUGGCAAUAACCUGUGUCUUCAAAACCAGACUCCUGAUCUGAUUCUGCAGGUUCUUACAUUAGUGUCUUCAAUUCCCCAGUGCUUCUUUGCUUUUCUUUGGCUAAGUGUGUCCGCUGAUGCUCUUGGCCAAAGAAUUCUAUCCAAAUCUAUUGCAGAAAGUAAUCUUCUACUUUAGAUAAAUCAGAAAGGAGGUGCCCACGGAGGAUCCAGGUGAACCUAAAAUUGUUCAAAAACAGUUUGAAUACUUACUGUGAGACUAUAUCACGGGACUCCUGUACUGUAGUUAUGGUGCCUAGACUUUACCUUUAAAAAAAAAUAAGCAGGAAGAGUAGAGACGGAGAAGUAAUAGUUUUUCUUCUUACGUAUACUUAUUUUCUGCAAAGAGUUCUGGUUAAUAACACCAACAUGGUAUACAUGUUAAUUGCUGGUAAGUAUAGUGAUUUACGUAUUUAUUAAAAACAUAAUCUGCCUUACUCAUAGUAUUUCUUUUUCCUUAUAGGAAGAUGAACUGAAGUACACCUUUAAACGUCUUGUAGAAGGCUUGGCAGCAACCCGUGAGCUUGCACGUCCUGGAUUCAGUUUGGCUCUGGCACAGGCAUGUUUCACAUGACAGUCUGAAAAUAAUUGUUUACAUUAUUGGCCUUUUAUUUACUUUUUUUGUGUAUUAAAGGUCCUGCAAUGCUUUGAAGACAUCCCACUCUCCACAGUCUUAGAACACAUCCUUGAGAAACAUAACCCUGAGAAAGUGAAAAAGGCAAGUGUUGGCUUAAGCAGAAUUAUAUUGUGAUUUGCAUGUAAGAAUGCUUUUUAAAGUGACACCAAACCUUAAUUUUAGUUCUUAUUUCUUUUGGUGGCACUAGUUAGGUAAACUGACAUAUUUGCUGGUUUACAUUGAGCACUGCAUUACAUUUAAAGGACCACUCUAGGCACUCAGACCACUUCAGCUUAAUGAAGUGGUCUGGGUGCCAGGUCCAGCUAGGGUUAACCCAUUUUUUCAUAAUUAUAGCAGUUUCAGAGAAACUUCUAUAAUUAUGAAUGGGUUAAGCCUUCCCCCUAUUCCCUCUAGUGGCUGUCUCAUUGACAGCCACAAGAGGCGCUUGCGUGCUUCUCACUGUGAUUUUCACAGUGAGAGCACGCAAGCGUCCAUAGGAAAGCAUUGUAAAUGCUUUCCUAUGCGACGGGCUGAAUGCGCGCGCAGCUCUUGCCGCGCGUGCGCAUUCAGCCGGCGGGGAGGAUCGGAGGCGGAGAGGAGGAGGAGAGCUCUCCGCCCAGCGCUGGAAAAAGGUAAGUUAUUACCCCUUUCCCCUUUCCAGAGCCGGGCGGGAGGGGGACCCUGAGGGUGGGGGCACCCUCAGGGAACUAUAGUGCCAGGAAAACGAGUAUGUUUUCCUGGCACUAUAGUGGUCCUUUAAAGUGGACCUGUCAACCACCAAACACUAAUGCUCUUUGGAAAGAGCAUGGGCAUGCAUAGAUUGGGAGAAAUAACUAUUCAAAAUAGUUUUUAUCUGUUUUGUUUUCCUCCUGUCAAUCCUUUCCCCUCGGAAUAAAAGAUGGAGGUUUUCCCUGCAUGGAUUAGCAUCCCCAAGCAGGGUAGAUCAGUGAAGACCAUAGGAUGAGUGAGAGUGGACCAGAGGUUGGUGUUACAGAAUUUAAACACUCACUUCUGUAAGGAGUUUGCAGUGGGGAGCGGAAGGUCAGGUAAGUGGUGGCAGGUUUUCUCUAAAGGAUCACUAUAGGGUCUGGAACACAAACGUAUUUUUGACCAUAUAGUGAUAAAAACACCUUCUAGCCCCCCUGCACUUCCUUGCUCUCCUAAAUAUAGUAAAAUCUUACCUUUUAUUCAAGUCUACUGUUGGCGCUGCCCUUGAUCUGCCUACUUGGCUGGCAUCAUCAGAAGUAGUGAUCAAAAGCUUUCCUAUCGGAUAGGCUGAGCUUGUCAAGGAGGCAGAUCAGGGGCAGAGCCAUCACAAGCCAAACACAGCCAUGGCCAAUCAGCAUCUCCUCAUAGAGAUACAUUGAAUCAAUGCAUCUAUAUGAGGAGAGUUCAGUGUGUAUGCAGAGGGUGGAGACACAGCACUGGCCCAAGAAGCACCUCUAGUAGCCAUCUAAGGAGUGACCAGUGAAGGUAUCCCUAGGCUGUAAUGUAAACACUGCAUUUUCCCUGAAAACACAGCAAAAAGGGAAUGAUUUUACUUACCAGAACAAAUACAAUAAGUUGUUCUGGUGACUAUAGUGUCCAUUAAAUUCUAGACCUUUGAUGAUGAUGAUAUCAGCUCUGAAAGAUUAUGAGCCAUAUUCUGUUAUGUCAUUGGCACAGGGAACCUAGUUCAGGAAUCAAGGUGGUUGAUGGCAACUAAAAGCCUUAGCUUACUCCAUAGUUCAAUUAUGUAGAGUUCCAGCAAAUAUUUAAAUUGCAUGCAUCUAAGAAUGUGUGUGUCUAUGUAAUUUAGGAUCUAUCAACAAUUUCAUUAAAUGGCCUAUAUGUGGUAUAAAUGAAACUGCUGUUCUACCAUGCUCGUUGUGUUCUUUAAACAUUAAUGUGCUUGUGUUUUUAGUGUAUUGUUCUUCAAACCUAUUUUCAGGACCCACCAAGGUGUGGUCUAAAUGAAACGGCUAUUAUACUGUGCUCGUUGUGUUCUUUGGACUUUUGCAGGAAACAUUAAUGUGCUUUUAGUGUAGUGUUUUUCAAACCUAUUCUCAAGACCCACCAAGAGGUCAGGAUUAGUGAAUAUCUGUAUCGGUAAAAAGUGAACUUACAAUAUAUUGACUUGGCUACUGAUUAAAUGACGUGCUACUUUAUGGAUAGAUUGACAUUGUGACUUCAUGGUGGUUUUUGAUGGAAGAGAUAAAAUGCUGAUCUAGUACUACUGAACUGUACUGUAGCUCUAAAUCCAAAAUGAAUCUCAUGGCCAGGAUUUUUCCCCUCCAGAAAUCUGUGAGAAAUGCUGCGUUUGGGAGUUUUUUUGGUGUCCUUGCCUUGUUCCAGUCAGGUCGUCUCAUCAAGGUAAGAAACAGAACCUUGUACACCACAGACAUUCUCUGAAUAUUGCUUGUCUUUUCUUCUCCAGCUAGUCCCACUUCUGUUUUCACUAAAUCACUAGCAUACAUCUACUGGUUAUCAGUGUCCUUGUUGAAAUGUUUGUCUUAAUGAAAAUAACAUAAAUGUGUUUAGUCAACAAACUCCUCAUACUUCUAUGUUCAAAGCUGCAUUACAAUGUUUAUUGAAGGACAUCAACAUGAGUGGAAUGAGGAGCAUAAUUAAAAUGUAAUAAGGAGAAAAGAGAGCAGAAAGUCUAAUGGACAGUUGAAGGGCCGGCCUGCCACACUGGGUGGCUUUGGAAAUAUAAAAUCCAUAGUAACGGCCAUUGUUCCAUGUUCUAAUGAAGACUGUUUUUGGACUCUUGUAAGAAUGCCUUUAUACUGCCACCUUGUGUUCCUUGUUAAGUAACACAUGGAAUCCAUAUAAUAUCAAUGGUAAAUACAAUGUUCCUAUAUAGGGGAAGAAGAAAAACAACAACCCCUAGGGCAGGCAUAGGCAACCUUUGGCACUCCAGAUGUUUUGGACUACACAUCCCAUGAUGCUUUACCAGCAUUAUGGGUGUAAGAACAUUAUGGGGAAUGUAGUCCACAACAUCUGGAGUUGCUUAUCCCUGCCCUAGGGCCUAGGUGUUUGUUGUUGUUUUUCUUCUUCUCCCUAUAUACAACACAUUUUUAACUUUGAUAGUCAGUUAUAAAUACAGAUGCAAGAGUAAUAAUGAAUAUAGAAAGUCUUUUGCCACAAACUUUCUAUGGGUUUCAACCAAACAUACUUUGGUAAGCUUAUAAUCUCAGUGUAUUUGAGUGUGGUUUAGUUGGUGGUGCCAGCAAGUUCAUUCAGUCAAGGAUGUUCAAGAAUGUUUCCACUACCUUUUUUUUGUAUUUCUAUCUUAAGAAAGCAAAUCUGGUUUUGUCAAUGUUUAUAAAUGUAAUUUGUAAUAUGAUUAAUAUAAAGGACCACAACUAACUAUAAAAUUCCACUUGUGUAGCCCAAACUAGCCUAACUUGUAUAAGAGAGAUCAUUUACUGCCACCUUACUGCAACUGUCAAUUUUUAAACAAGAAUUAUCCUUAAUGCCAUCUCCUUUAAACUGAGAACUGCCGAUAUACGUUACAUUGUAGUUUGGAAGAAUUGUCACUUAUUUUUUGCAUUCACUUCCUCAUUGCAGAGAAAUCUAGCAUGCUAGACUCUUGUGUUAACAUAGGGAGUUUGAUUUUUAUUUUAAUUCUUGUUCUUACUAAAUACCUCCAUCCUAUUUUAUUUGCAGGAUCAUGAUGUUCUCCUACGUUGUGUACAGCUUUUGCAGCGUCUGUCUCUGUACAGAGAACACCUGAAAGACCUGCCCAACAAGACAUUAGUGGAUAUUCUGACAGAGGUAUGAUUUGCCACUUGGAGCAUUCUAUCAUGGACUGGUGCAGUAGAUGACAACAGAGCAGGCAACUUUUCUGUCUCCCAGUGCUGUCUUGCCCACCAGUCCUUUUGACUUCCAAAGUUUUACUCUUCAUAUCUUUUUCAUAUAUCGACAUAUGUUUGUCAUGCUAUAGUAGUAAACAUACCAGACGUCAGACAUUUUGUUUUGUUUUUUCACAUAUGAAACCAUCUCCCAGUUUAUGAUUAAGUUUACAAAAAACUGCUAGCACAGUAAUAAUUUAUAUUAGUAUUUGAUAAAAUGUCUUUGGGGUGCCAAGGUAGGAGUCCUUCCGACAUCCUUAUUUUUGCUCUUUAGCAGAAAAUUGAGGUAGCGGCAAAGACAAUUUAAUUAAUCGCCACUUAUUAUUUACCAGUGACCAUUCUGUUUAGAAGAGUUACUCUAAUGGUUUAAUUUUGUGUGAAUUGUUUUUAAUAUUUUUGUCUGGUACAUAAUUUCUGUAUCCAAAUGCAUAGUUCUUCAAUACCCCAAAAUUUGGACUACUUGUAAAAUAGUUUUCUUGAGACUGCAAACCUCUAUAGAAAUAAUUCCCUAAUCUCUGCUUUUUAUGACUUUUCUCACAGAGGUUUCCAUAUAAGCAAGAGUAGUUGAAAAAUAAUACUUUAAUGGUUAUUCAAUCUAAAGGUAGCUGUGACCGUGUGUUUUAACUUCUCUCGUAGAUUCCAGAAUCAACAUUUGAGGAAGUGCUGUUCAGAGAGCUACAGUCUGAUUUGACAUCUGCGUUCAGCACUCCAGAACAGCUGCAUUUACUCCUAGUUGGCAUGCAGAUGUUUCCUGCAGUGCUAAAGCCUAAAAAACUGAAGAGGCUGCUGGGUUCGUCGACCAUUACUACAGUGGAAAACAUUCCUAAGUAAGAUAUAACAUUUAAUAUAGCAUGAAUCCUUCUGUUCACAAAAGCAGUAUUUAAGUUCAUGCACGCUCAAAAAAAUCUUUUCUUAAGUGGAAAUAUUGAUUAUGUGAGAAAGCAAAAAAACGCCACACUUAAAAGAGCUGUUUGUAAAUGUAUUGUAAUAGCUAUAUCACAUUUUGCUUUGGGUGGUUUUGUUUAGAAUCACAAAGUUUAAUAUUUUUUGUUCUCUCAGAACAGUGCUGUCUUUUUGCCUAAAAGGGCAGAUUGUUUUUCAGACCAUCAUACUGGUAGUAAAACAAGCAUUGUGAGAGCACAAGUAUAACGUGUCGUUUGCCUGCUUGGUACUACUAGCGUCACAUGUAUUGAUAUUAACUAGCAUGUUAAUAUCAAUUGUGUAUGUUUUUUAUUUGCCGUUAAGAACUUGUUUUUUCUUACUUAUACCAAUUGUGACAUUAUAGUUCAGUGGUUCUUAAUCUCAGGGUUGCGGUUCAAAAUAGAGUAAGUCCAAAUCCUAAAACAGAUACAUGAUAUUGACAAGGCAACUGCCCGUAAUAAACUGCUUACUGCAGCAUCAUUGCUUUACUAAGACAAUAUAAAGAGUCUAAUUAAGGGGUUUCUCAGAAUUAAAGAAACAUGAAGAACUAUACCCACUACAGCACACUGUGCCCUCAGGGCCCUGACUGUAAGUCAUCAAACUAUUAGGUAGUCAAACCAUAUGACUUUGUACCUGGAGUCUGUCGGAUACAUUACCCUCCUCCACGACUUCACAUGGUAAGCUUCUUGCUCUCCACAGCAAACAGUGGAGCCGGAGAGUGUUGUCUGGCAGACCCUACGUAAGAAGUCCAAACGUUAUUCAUUUCAGUGGGUCAAUAAGGUAAUUUUAACAUUAAAAACCAGGAUCUCAAAACUUAUGCCAUUUAAAUAAUGUGGGUCCAUGCCUGUGUCUCCAUUUUCCAUCUUUCUGUGAGAUUACUACUACUACUACUACACACACCGUAGGGAGACGUAUCUGUGUGAGUGGCAUUUAAAAACUGAUUCCAAAACUACAAUUUAAAAUUACUUUGCUGCUACAAAUGAACAGGUGUAAAAAUAUAAUAGGGGUGUUAGAACAUUUGGAGUUUCGUAUUGUGUUUACAGCUUACAUUUUUGUCACAAAAGGAACAAGUUCAUGACUGAAAUCUUAUUAUGUUCAGGUUGGUAGAGAUGUUGAAAAUGGCUGCUCGGUCGGUGAAGAAGGAGCGCAGCCUGCCAGAUGUAGCACUGGACUUGAUGCGGAUGUCUGUGAAGGAGCAAGCCUUCGAAUUGUUCUGGAAAGAAGUAGUGGAGAAUAGUUUGCUUAAAGACCAGUCCGGCCCGUGCACGUAUGUUUCUUCUACAUUUAGCUUGUGUUACCAGCCAUUUGUCUUACAUGUAUGCUGCAAAGUAAAAUGUAAUUUAAAAACCCAACUAGUAAUACAGCGACAUUAUCAUUUCGUUAUCAUUUAUGUAUGUUUCUCACCAUGCUCCCACCCAAACAUUAACAAAGUACCAGAAAAAACGAAUUACUCCCCCCUCUCUGUCCCCCUCUCCCCCCUUUAUUUUAAAGUGGUGGCUUGCCUGGUGCUUCGGUUUAUGCAGUUGUAAAAGAAAUUAAACUACACUGGUACCUGGGGGAAUGCAGGUAUUGCAUGACGUGUUGCAGAUGGUUACAUAAGCCUCUAAGAUAUUUCCAGACGCACAUGGAUUACACUGCACCUUAAAAGAAUAACUUGUGAAUGAGUUCUCAUGUUAUUCCUGUAUUGUUCUCAUUAUUGUGGGCUGUGUAUGUGCAGAUUUCCUGGGCAGUGGUACAUGUUACAUCUACUACAGAUAUUCUAGCCUGUCAUUGCUUGGUGUUGGACUAAAUUUAUUAACGGAACAUUCCUAUCACUAUAACUACUACAGCCCGCUUUAGUGCCCUUGUGUCCCUACCUGCAACGUUUUGGCACACAUACGUGCCUUUCUCAAUGGACAACAAGUCCACGUAUCAGACAUCAUUUUUAUAUGGUGUAUCAGACCUUUUUCUUUUAUUAGCGGUAUUCAAUUUUCUUCCUAUUGUUAGUUUUACUAGAGGGUAAUAGUCUACCAGGUGAAUGAACUUCCUCUGUGCUUUAAUACCUUACUCCUGAUUUGUUUUACAUUCAUAGCUCAGCACAUGUUUGUUGCAGUCAUUAAUAAUGUUCUAAUUAUUUUCCUUAUUUUAAAAAGAAAAUUGUAUUUUGUUGCAAUUGAUGAUCAUUGUUUUGAUUGUAGUUACAUGUGCUACCGGCUGCUGGGUGCUUCUUUGCCUCUCCUCGACCUAAGCCAGCUGCAGAUUGUCCUCCGGAGUGAAGUAAUGCUACACUAUGGAGCGCAUGUUGUUUCCACUCAGGUACGUAUAUAAGGAAAUGUCUGUGCACAAUAAUCCCCCACAUUUAACAUGACUUCAUGUUAUGCAAAUUCUCAAGUAAGGGGGUCAGCAAUCUUUUUCCGCAUUCGCCAUGCCUGUAAAUAGUGGGCCACCUUCAUCUAUAUAGCUAAAUAAAAUUAAAAAUAUUAGAUGGAUCCCUAAUUUGGAAUCCUUAUGUGGGAUUGGCAUGUAUAAGUAUACCCAAUUAGGGAGCUACCUUCUAAACAGCUGAUACAUAAAAAUUGCUAAAAAGCACUUUUCUUAAUUUCGAUCUUUAUCCAGUUUAGUAAAUAAUUUCCUAACUUGGUAUUGUCAAGUGUGUUCACCAAAUUUAAGGUUACCGAAUUGAGAAGCCAAAUUAGGGAACUAAAUGCUAUACCGUUGAAAGAUCAAAAUUAAAAAAACAAAAAAAAACACAAAACUUUUUAUAUGAAAAAUAAUUAGGAAAAAAAAGUGUGUGUGUAAAUAUAAACAUGUGUAUAUGGUAAAUUAAAAUACACUAAGUGAUUAUAUUCUUUUGCAGCCUGCUGACCGUUUCAAGUUUUCUCCAGAGAUGGAAUCAUAUAUGGAUGCGUACCUAGCAGAGUGCACAGAUCCUGAGAAGCAGGCAGCAGUGAUGAUUGGAUUUAGCUUGCUCACUAACCAGGGAUACCCAGUAGUACCCAGUGUCUGGAAAGUAAUCAGACAUAUGCAGCCUGCUGCUCUGCAAUCAUACAUAGACUGGUUGAAGAACAUGUUCAUCCAGGCAGAUCUGAGUUCUUGUAUGGACUUUAGCACGAAGAGGCAGAAGGAGAAGCAGGAGCAGCAGAUAUCGUGAGUCUUUGAAACAUUUUGAUAGAAUAGAAUAUUCAUAACAACAACUUUUUUGUUAUAUUUUUUAAACCCAGUCAACUUCUCUUUAAAUAAACUUGCUCUCAUGACAUCGCUUUUAGUGUUAUUCAUAUCUUCAUUAGAUCAGUGACUAUUAGUGUGUAAUAUGGAUGUUGUGUAACAUGGUUCUAAUGGCAUGAUCUCUCCUGACCUGUUUGGUCCCACUUAUCAGAGUACCUGGGUCACCAACUUUUCCAUUUAACAAAUACGUAUAUGAACAUUUAUUAGGGGUUAAUUGGAAACUGGAAUAAGUGAAACUUUAUUUCAGUAAAGCUGAGAUAUUCUCCUGCUUCCGAUUACUACUGGUGAUUAGAUAUUCUAUUUUUGCUGUAGAAGUAACUUUGCUGCUCUUCUGCAUACAGCCACAGGUUUUUUCACUAAAAUGAGAAUUGCUGGGAAUCAAAGUGACGUUCGCGUUUAGGGCCAAAAUAGCCAAUCUGAAGUUAGAAUUGACUUGAAGAAUUUUUCCAGUCCAGCUAUUUUGGCCUACAUUUAGAAAUUCUCUAUGAAGUCCUGAUGAUUCUCUCUCUUUAGUAAAUAGCCCAGUCAGUGUCCUGUUAGUUUCUCUUCAAGCCAUUAAUGCCAAUAACUGGACACAUUUUGUUGGCACCAAUCAAUACAAUAUUGUUUUUCAGAACUGAUUACUUUGUGUUCCGCUUGAGAAAAUGGAUAAUUCCUCGUCUUUGCAGCAUUGCUGAGAACAACCUGGUAAAACGCAGUGAGGAACAAGUUAGGGACAUUGCUCGGUAAGUAAGCAAGUGAUGGCUACCAUUGUCACGUUAAUGUGCUGACUUGUGUCUGGAAGGUUCAGCAGUUAAUACAAGUGCAAGUGUGUAGCCGUUAUUGGCAGUAACUUGCUGCACAGAUCUACGUAAAUCAGUAACUCUCUCUGAGACUAUUAUACAUUAUUGUGUUUAAUCUUUUUGUGCAAUCUACCCUUGCCGACCUCAUUUAAAAAAAGAAAAAAAUCGACUAUAAAGUUAUUCAAUAUAUAUUUUUUCCUUUGCAUCCCUUUAAACUUAUGUACUGUGCAACUAUGUGAUUACCAAAUUGUAUGUUCCUGCACAAUAGUUUUAAGUUUAGUUUGCUAUUUGCACAUUCAGAAAUAACUGUUUAUUUUAACCCCUUAAGGACACAUGACAUGUGUGACAAGUCAUGAUUCCCUUUUAUUCCAGAAGUUUGGUCCUUAAGGGGUUAAGGAGUACUAUAGCGUUAGGAAUGCAAACAUGAAUAGUGUUGGACUAUGUGCUUAAGUCCCCGGCUCUCCUCAGUAUGGAGUUCAGAGAUCGCUUUACCUACCUUUUCUCCAACGCCGCCCUGGCCUCGCCUCCGUUGCUCAGAUCGUUAAUCUUGCCAAUCUCAGCCAAUUCAAUGCUUGUCCAUAGGAAAAAGAGAUAAGGAGAGGAUAUUGCACAUUCACAGUAAUAUACUCCUCCUCCUAGAGACGCAUUGAAUCUGUACAUCUCUAUGGGGAGCAUUCAUCGUCUUCAUGCAGAGCGUGGAGACCGGUGUUAAUUUUGGCCGUUUUAGUCGUAUUUUAGGCAUCUGAAUUUAUUUUUUGUUUUCCUUGACUAAAUCUUCACUAUAUUUUAGUCAACUUGAUUACAUUUUAAUGGGUUUAGGUAAAGCCUCUCUCUGUCUCUUUUGCCCCUUCCCCAGCCCCUCUGUGUCUUUGAAUUUUCCCAGCCCUUCAAAGUGUCUCACUCCCAAGCCUUGGUCUGUCUCUAGUGCCCCUUCUUCAGCCCCUCUGUGGCUAUUUGUACACCCCCCCACCAUCGUUUCUCUUCAUAGCCCCAUUUGUGGAUCUCUUCCCCACAGCCCCAUGUCUCUUUCUCCAUCAGCCCAUCUAUCACGUUGUGUGUCUCCCAGCUGCUCCAUGCAACUAAUUUCCUCCGCGUGUCUCAUUCUCCCCUAAACCCCUCCAUGCGCUUAUUCCCUCCCCCCAGUCCCUUCUUGCGUCUCAUUCCUGCAGCCCCCCCAAGCGUCUCAUUCCUGCAGCUCCCCCGUGUUUCAUUCCUGCAGCCCCCAAGCGUCUCAUUCCUGCAGUCUCCACCAAGCGUCUCAUUCCUGCAGUCCCCACCAAGCGUCUCAUUCCUGCAGUCCCCACCAAGCGUCUCAUUCCUGCAGUCCCCACCAAGCGUCUCAUUCUUGCAGUCCCCACCAAGCGUCUCAUUCUUGCAGUCCCCACCAAGCGUCUCAUUCCUGCAGUCCCCACCAAGCGUCUCAUUCCUGCAGUCCCCACCAAGCGUCUCAUUCCUGCAGUCCCCACCAAGCGUCUCAGUUCCUCUCCUACCUUCCUCAUCUGUAUUAUCCUUCAGUGUUUGUUUUGGCUGCAAAUUUCUAUUUAGUUUUAGGCUUUUGACUAAAGCCAUUUUACUUUGUCGUAUUUUAGUUAUUUGAAUUAAAUCUGACUAAAAUUGUUAGUCACAAAAUUAACACUAGUGGAAAUGCUGAAUGUCUGUGCUGCACACUGUGCGACUCUGACCAAGGGCGCACCUCGAGUGGCUUGCUGAGCGACUGCCAUUAGAUGUGUUACUAGGCAGCAAUGUAAACACUGCCUUUUCUCUGAAAAGGCAGUGUUUACAUUGAAAAGCCUGCAGGGACAGGCUAUAGACACCAGACCCUACAUGAAGCUGUAGUUGUUCUGGGGAUUAUAGUGUUAUUUAAAUCAGGUAACUAGCCUAAAUAAUCUGUAUCACAAGACUAAUAUAUCAAACAAACGUUAAACAUUUUUUUUUAAUAAUACACAUAAGUUCAUUGCUGUAGUAUUAUGUUACUGACUGAUUUUAUUUUUGUCCUCAGGUUUAUUUUCUUCCAUGCUUUUUUCGAAGCUAAAAUGCCUGUUUCUAAUAUUCCGGAAACAAAGUCAACCCUGUCCGUACCUCUAGAGGAUAACUUGCGAGCACUAGUGGCAGAUGCCUUUUUCAGGUUAGACAUUUUGUGCUAUGAAUCUUAGUGUGUACUUGAUGCUGCUGCUGCUUAAUCAGGCUGCUGGUUGGUGGUUCCAUACAGACUCUUCUGGUGACAUGAACAUCUGGCACUUGGACGGCACAUGUAACAAAGCAAAAAUGAUAAAUGCCACAUUGAGGAGCAGAACUGAGAGUGCUUAAUGUUAUUGUAAAAUAUUGUUUGAAAAUGAAUAGCGCAUUAAAAGAUAACAGUUCAGAUUUCCCAAUAAUUAUGUGGACGAGGAAGUUCCCGAUAACUGACCUUGCACAGAGCCCUACGUGUUGUAAAGGCAGCGACAAGUUAUAGCAAAGAGAUAGAACUGUGUAUGCGUUAAUAAGUUUACAUAAAAUAUACAUGUGUUUUACAAGAACAAGAUUGUUUGAAAUAAUUUUAAUUUCUUGCUCUCUUUUUCCUCCUCCUCGAUCAGCUUGCUCUUUCAUUUGAACUGCAUGCCUGUCAUGGGGGACAGUCCAGCAGCGGCCCCGGCAAAGCAGAGACAAGCGACUGGAGUCACUGCAGAUGGAGUCCUUUGGAUUGAGUAUAUGAUUCAAUAUGCCAACACCUUGCUUUCCCGUGGAAAACUGGUGAAGGCCGUUACACCCUUCACUGAAGAACAGAAGGCAUCAUGGGAUCGGUAUGAGAUAUGGCAAAGACUAAUGUCUACGUAUCCUGUUUCAUGUUCUAUUUAUACCAAUAAGUGGAUAAUUUGGAUCCAAUACUAUUAACCAGUUACAUUUUGUUUCAUUUGCAAUAUAUACUACUGAGCCAUAUGAACAUUUUAUGGAAAUUUGCCCCUAGUCCCACCACUCUGGCCAGCAUUCCAGAAAUUAAAAAAACUGUGCAUCAGUCCGCUAGGACAAUGUGAUCACUUUGUGACCCAAUGUCAAACAAUGUUUCAUCUCCAUUUAGGAUUGCUUCCCAACACAUUGGGUGGAAAGAUUGACUGCCUUGAGUGGACAAAUGGAUAUUGUUUUUAAUGAGGAGUACUGAAUUGUUUCUUAAUUAAGUUGCUUGCCUAAUAUUAUCCAUCCUUAAUAACCAAGCCUCUCCUUUUAUGUAGGAUGCUGCAGCAUGUGGAAAGUUUAAAGAAGAAAGCAAAGAAAUCUGUCACUAUGGAAUCAUCGUCUUAUCAGCAGCUAUUGCUGUUAGUGGGAAUUCACCUGUUUAAGGUAAAUGAUAUAUGCCACUAUGAUGACUGUAACCUAUGGAGGUUAUAUUGAUCAUAUUCCUGAUUAUUGUUACAUUGCUAUAAAUGUGCAUGUUUGUGUGUGUGUAUGCUCGUUUAGAAAUGUUUACUAUAUAGGUAAUCCAGAUGGAAGAAAAAUAUAUUAAUAAAUAAAUAAUUAAAAAGGCAGAGAUAUCCCUUGCAGGUUUGUAUAGGUAUCUGAUCAGCCUGCUUUUUUUUUCUCACUGGGCACUAAUGUAGCUGAGGGGAUCUAGUGGCCUGUUGGACUGAAUACAUGUGAAGGUGGCACAGUUGAUGACCAUGUCAUUCCAUUUUUGUCAUUUCCAUUGAAAGUGCUAAAUAUGGGCUAGGAGAAAGGAUUUACAUUAAUUAAGUUUGUCACCCGAGAUCCCAACAACCUGGAACUCGGGUAAUUUCCAUUACCAGGAGUUUAGUUUGCGGCAUAGCUUUCCAGGUGCCUUGAAUAGUGCUCCUUUAUAAACUCUCAUUUGUACAGUAAGCUUCUUUGGUUGACAUUCAUUUUUUUUUUAAACCUUAGAAAUGAAAAAUAGAUGCAAUUUAAAAUCUGUUUUAUCUGUGAGCUUAUUGCAGUGAGCCUGCAAUGGAAAGUAUCUGAUACACUUUACUCAAAAUCCAUUGCAUUGUGGGACCUAUACUAAUAGUCACCAGGAGACUGUAUCAUUACAAUUUAGUGGGCCUUAUAUCCCAAAACCUGGGCACUCAGUGUUUAUCAUGGGCAAAUGUUUCACUGGAUAUUUUCUGUUUCUUCUUAAUUAGGCUCAUUUGCUAAGUGUUUGUUUUUUUUCCGUUUUUUUUAAGACACCCGAAGAGAGUAUGGAGAUCCUGAGUGAUAUUAAGGCCUGUCUGGAAAAAGCUCAGAACAAGAAAGCAAAGAAAAAAACUAAGAAAGAUGAAGGUAAGUCUGUUGUAUGAUUUUGGGUCAUUAUGCUAAUCUGGGUUAUCUGCUCGUUCGCCUUCCUAACCAGUUCGGGGGAGACUGUGGGCCUUCAUAACCAGUUCGGGGGAGACUGUGGGCCUUCAUAACCAGUUCGGGGGAGACUGUGGGCCUUCAUAACCAGUUCGGGGGAGACUGGGGGCCUUCAUAACCAGUUCGGGGGAGACUGGGGGCCUUCAUAACCAGUUCGGGGGAGACUGGGGGCCUUCAUAACCAGUUCGGGGGAGACUGGGGGCCUUCAUAACCAGUUCGGGGGAGACUGGGGGCCUUCAUAACCAGUUCGGGGGAAACUGGGGGCUUUCCUAACCAGUUCAGGGGAGACUGGGGGCCUUCAUAACCAGUUCGGUGGAGACUGUGGGCCUUCAUAACCAGUUCGGUGGGAGACUGGGGGCCUUCAUAACCAGUUCGGGGGAGACUGGUGGGACCUUCAUAACCAGUUCGGGGGAGACUGUGGGCCUUCAUAACCAGUUCGGGGGAGACUGUGGGCCUUCCUAACCAGUUCGGGGGAGACUGGGGGCCUUCCUAACCAGUUCGGGGGAGACUGGGGGCCUUCCUAACCAGUUCCGGGGGCUACAGGGGCCUUCAUAACCAGUUGGGGAGACUGGGGCCUUCCUGUAACCAGUUGAGGAGACUGAGGGCCUUCAUAACCAGUUGGGAGACUGAGGGCCUUCAUAACCAGUUGGAGGAGACUGGGGGCCUUCAUAGCAGUUAGAGAGGGCAGGGGCUUUCCCUAUGAGUUCGGGGGAGACUGGGGGCCUUCAUAACCAGUUCGGGGGAGACUGGGGGCCUUCAUAACCAGUUCGGGGGAGACUGGGGGCCUUCAUAACCAGUUCGGGGGAGACUGGGGGCCUUCAUAACCAGUUCGGGGGAGACUGGGGGCCUUCAUAACCAGUUCAGGGGAGACUGGGGGCCUUCAUAACCAGUUCGGGGGAAACUGGGGGCUUUCCUAACCAGUUCAGGGGAGACUGGGGGCCUUCAUAACCAGUUCGGUGGAGACUGUGGGCCUUCAUAACCAGUUCGGUGGAGACUGUGGGCCUUCAUAACCAGUUCGGGGGAGACUGGGGGCCUUCAUAACCAGUUCAGGGGAGACUGGGGGCCUUCAUAACCAGUUCGGUGGAGACUGUGGGCCUUCAUAACCAGUUCGGUGGAGACUGUGGGCCUUCAUAACCAGUUCGGUGGAGACUGUGGGCCUUCAUAACCAGUUCGGGGGAGACUGUGGGCCUUCAUAACCAGUUUGGGGGAGACUGUGGGCCUUCCUAACCAGUUUGGGGGAGACUGUGGGCCUUCCUAACCAGUUUGGGGGAGACUGGGGGCCUUCCUAACCAGUUUGGGGGAGACUGGGGGCCUUCCUAACCAGUUUGGGGGAGACUGGGGGCCUUCCUAACCAGUUUGGGGGAGACUGGGGGCCUUCCUAACCAGUUUGGGGGACACUGGGGGCAUUCCUAACCAGUUCGGGGGACACUGGGGGCCUUCCUAACCAGUUCGGGGGAGACUGGGGGCCUUCCUAACCAGUUCGGGGGAGACUGGGGGCCUUCCUAACCAGUUCGGAGGAGACUGGGGGCCUUCAUAACCAGUUCGGGGGAGACUGGGGGCCGUCAUAACCAAUUCAGGGGAAACUGGGGGCCAUCCUAACCAAUUUGGGGGAAACUUUGUUGUCCAAUAACUUUACACGGAAUUUCCGCUGUUUUCCCACCAUGCUCCAGAACCACACUCCUGUCCGUGCUGAAGUGGAUUUAUCCCAGAUCCUAAUCACUCUUCAUCAUGCAAUGGAUUACAGAGAGCUGUAAAAUGCUGAUAUGAACAGAGCAGUAGCUGGAUGGAAUGUCAACAUAAAACAUACAGAACUCAUAGAUAAAUAGCCCUAGUUGUGUCUUAAACAUUGGGAAGAAAGAACAAUUUAUAUAGUCAAACCUAACACUGUGAAGAACAUGGCUUAUUUAUCCUGCAUAAAAGAGUGUGCAGCAAAACAUUGUAUUUAUAAUACAGCGCAUCAUAUGAAAACAAUAUGUAGAUUUAAGGUAUAGUCCUAUUUGUUGCACUUCUAAUGUUCUCCUACUGAUCUUUAUCCUUGGCAGAUGACCAGGAGCCAGAAUGGGUUGAGGUGAUGGUGGAGAUCCUUCUGUCACUCUUCUCCCAACCUAGCAGACUUUUCCGACUUGUCGCAAGAAACGUAUUUAAAAAUAUUUGUCCAUAUGUGACAAAGAAUGCUUUGCAAUUGAUCCUAAAUGUAAGUAAAAUUUACUCUAAUUGGGUUUAAACCAAAAAAAUUGAAGAAAAACAAAAUGUAUGGAUAUGUCUUUUCUGUGACUUUGUAAUUAUAGUAUAAUAGUUACAGACGCCCCACACCCUACACAAACAUGCUCUCCAGACUAAACGAUAAAAGAAAAGUGUUUUGUUUUUUCUUUACUGUUUUUCAAUAUUCUGUCCGAUUUCUUUCUUUCAGGUUCUUGAUGCCGAAGACGAUGACAGUGAGGAUGGUGCUAUUGUAGUAACCGAAGAAAAGGGACAAAAGAAAUCCACUGAAAACAAGGUGAUUUAAAAAAAAUAUAUAUUUUUAAAUUUAUUAUGUAUAUAUAAUUUAAAAAAAUUCUGCAACAGCUCACAUUAAAGGGGCAGUCAAGUGUGGAUUUACAAUAUAGUUUUAAUGUAUUUUAUGGUUAAUGCAUUAACAAUGCACAAUAUAAUUUCUCAUAAACCCUUACCUCUGACUGUACCUUGUAUUCACGUUUUCCCAGAGAUCCGAUCCACCUCUUCACAAGGUCACUUUUAGGGAAGCUUCAGACACCCAUUCUGUGACUUUAAAAUGUGUAAAAAAAAUGAAUAUAUUACUAAUGUGGGAGAUCCACUUCUACUUUAACAGUAAGCUAGCACGAGGGGAUUAGCAUCACCCUUCAUGGGUUUUGCCUGUUAAAGACAGACUUUAGACCCUUGUAAUGUCAUUCUAAUGUUUGUUGCUGAACCUUGUCUUACGCAGGAGGAUGAACAGGACAGCGGUUCAGAUGAUGAGAGUGAAGAUGAUGAGGAUGAAGAUGAUGAUGAUGAUAAUAGUGGUGAUGAAGACCCUAAUGAAACUGUUAAUGACGACUUCCGUAUACAGCUCAUGAAAAUUAUGCAGGAUAGCACUGCUCUGGUAAAUUGAUACUACAAGGAACACUUGUGGCAUGUAAAUACAUCUAUGGGCUAAUUAGGACAUUCUUUUAAUGCUGUCUAUAUCCUUUAGGAGGGACAAGACAGCGAUGAUGACUUGGAUGAUGACGCAAUGAUGGCUUUGGAUAAAAACCUCUCCGCUCUGUUUGCUGAGCAGAAAAAACGUAUCCAGGCCAAGAAGGAUGAGAAGGAGCGGAUUCGCAAGGAGAAGAUUCUACGCAAAGACUUUAAGACUAAGGUCUCGAAUAAAUACGUUUUUAAUUUCAUACGAUAAAAAUAAAAGCAUGCCUGGGCUUUCUAUGAUGCAGUGUCUUUGGCCAUUGAAGUCAAAUGGCAUUCUAAGGAAGACUCACUUCUGCUUAACAUUUCAUCAAAUCUCAUUGCUAUGAAGCAUAUUAUGUGUUUAUUGCUCUUUACGUCUUCAACUGCUAUAACAUCAAGUUAAGUUACACCCAGAGACGUUUCAUACACUAGACAGGAGGAGCUACAAAUCUUGAGCUUUUCCACUUUGCAAUUUGCAUUUAUUAGGUGUUUAGCUAGAUUUAGUGGGACAAAAAACAAAACAAUGCUACCUGUGCUUUGCUGGAUAGCAACCAAACUGGACUGGAUUUUAACUUGGCAUAAUUACAAUGUGCAGAUUGGUCCAAACAGACCUGUCGUAGAUUAAGACUAAUGUGCAGGAACAAAUAAUGGAAGGCUCUGUCCUAGCCCAUCUUCUGGGGUAGAAGUUACUAUUUAUUUUAUAGCCACUAAAAAAGACCAUGUUUAAAGUAAUUUUAGCAAAUAAAUACAUAGCUUCUCAGUGUAUUAGACACACUGUCUAUAUACCUUUUGUAUGUAUGUAUGUAUGUGUAUAUAUAUUUAUUUCAUGGAAUUUGGCAGGGAGUCAUCAGGCCCAGAUGUUACUAAAAGCUGAUUUUUUUAGGCUUGGUGCAUUCAAGGGUUGAAUGUAAAAUGUCUUCAUGUUCUUUAGUUGCAAAUGCUUGUGAGAUACUGACCUACAUCAUCCACGAUGUAUGGCAAGUCCUGACUAAAGCGAGGGAGAAGAUGCAUCCUAAGUUGUUGCUGUUCUCUCUUGACAUUUGUAACUCUGUCAUUAUUUGUAAUGUUUUGGGUGUGCCUAUUAUCCUGGUUCCUAGAAUUAAAUAAUUAUAUAAAUAUAUAUAUACCUGUUUCGUACACUCACUGUACAUGCGUUAGCUCUUUGGUAGCAUGGUGAUCCUGAAGGUGUGUCUGUCAAUAAAUAGGAUUAGACCCCAUAUUCCCUCUCUGACUGUAUUUUUGUUAAAUCCUGUUAAUGGCCUAAGUUUUCGAAUUUUAGUUUUGAUGGUGACUUUUUUGAUAGGUAAGCCCAUAAAAGCUAGUGACCACAGAAAAAAAACCUCCAUCUUUUAUUGUCAGCAAUCUGCCAUAAGGUCUCCAACACUUAGAAUAUGGUAGUUUAGCUGCCAUUUAAGAUUAUAUUUUAUUUUAACAUAUGUAAAACCUUGCUUACUGUAGUCUAUCCAAAGUUUUUUUUUUUUUUGUUUUUUUUUUUAUUACAUACUGCCGUUUGACAUCUAUUUUUCCAAAAAUGGUUUUGUGCAGGUGCUGGACCUGGUUGACGUCUUUGUUAAAAAGCAGCCUGAAAGCCCAUUGGUGUUUAACAUCAUCGAGCCUCUGAUUUCUACAAUCACACAAAGUAUGAAUUCUGAGUCCUCCAACCAACAGGAGCGGGAUUACCUUCAGAAAUCAGCAGCCAUUUUCAUGUGAGUACCCAAACCUUCCUAGUCUGUUUCUGUUGCCAAGAUGUAAUUUUCUGAUUUACUUGAUUCCAACAGUAGGGGGCGGUAUAAGUGGCAAAUUGGCGAGCAACAUAUUAACAGGAAUCGAUGAAGAGAGGGCCCUAGGCAAACUAGCUUACAAUAUAAUUUAUGUAAAUUUAAAAAGGCGCUUUGAAACCAAAUAUUAAAUAACUAUUCUAUAAAUGCACUUUUAUAUUUUAGAUUCAAACACUAUUAACUGUUAACUUCAAACACCUCCAAAAAUAAUAUAGUGUAGUGUUUCAUAAUAAACAAUUAGAUCAAUUUCAAAUAAGUGUGUAAAAAAACUUUUAUCAAAGUGCUUCAGCACUAAUGCAGUAGAAAUGAUCACCUUUUGACAAUUUUUAAAGUUCUUGUGCCACAAUCAAUAGGGUUAUUUCAAUAUUUAUUGUUAAAAAAUUCACAGUAAGUGUGAACGUAGGUAGUGAAAGUUUCAAACAUGUAUUCCUGACCCUAUAGUGUUAAAACCAUCAUUUAAGUGGCUUGCCCCCCCCUUAGCCUCUUAAAAAGUAAUAACGCUUUCUUCAUACCUAGCGUGUGCGCUGGCCCUGCCCCUGAUCCACCUUUUUGCUUAUUUCAUCAGAAUUUAUGAUUUCAGCCAAUACUAAUGCUUUUCCAUAGGUUAAGCAGUGGAUUGGCUGAAAUUGGCAAAGAGGCAGGUCGACCCAAACGUUGGCUUGGCUAAUCGGCACCUGCUCAUAGAUGCAUUGAUGCAUCUCUAAGGAAAGUUCAGCGUCUCUAUUCAGAGCAUGGAGACUCUUAAUGGUAGUGCUUCACAAUGUGCAGCACUGCCCCAGGCAGCAUCUCCAGUGGCCAUCUGAGGAGUGGCCACUGGAAGAGUCCCUAGGGGGCAAUGUAAACACUGCCUUUUCUCUGUAAAUGAAAAUGCCUGCAGGGGCUGUCUACACUCACCAGAACAACUACAUUAAGCUGUAGUUGUUCUGGUGACUAUAGUGUCCCAUUAAGGGUUGGGUAUGUGCAUGUAUAUGGAUACAUACACAUGGAACCAAGGACUCUACUGUUUGUACACUAUUGAAUCACAUCAAACAAAGUAAAGAGCCAGAUUCUAAAACAGUUUAAAUAUAUGCAGUUUUUGCAUUUUGUAAGGUAUGUAGUUUGUGCAGAUGUUUUAAUAAUACAUUUCAUUCUACUUACGUCCUCAGCACGCCUAACUUUCUGUUCACAAGUUACAAUACAUUAGAAAGAAUUCAGGUGCGUCCUGAGAAACAUUAUGUUGUAAGCACAACAAAUAUGAGUACAAAGACUGCAUUGCUUGUUUGAACAACAGGAAAUGCUUGGUAGAGAGAACUAUGUACUGUGCUCAGUUAUUUGCAGCAAAGAAAUGCUUCAGUGUUUGUAUGUUUAGAGACUGUGACAUUCCAACAUUACAAUGAAUUGCAGGCUAAUGUCUGACACUUUCACUUAACAUCAUUGAAAUUAUUACUAGCGUUUGUGGAUUUUCUUCAAAUAUACAAAUACAGGUUGGAUCCAGUGUAACACUAUGUAUAGUUGACUUUGAGUAAUUGUAUACCUGAAAGGGCACUCUAAACCUCAUAAUCACUGGAGCAUAUUACAGGGGUAUGAGUGCUCCACGUUUGACAGGGUUAUUCACAAAAGUUAGAAUUCAAAGUGAAUUUCAUUUUUUAAGAUCAAAAUAGCUGAAUUGAAAAACGUCUCGAAGUCAAUUAUGCUAAAAUAUGAAAUUUACUUUGAAUUCUCACUUGUGAAUAACCCUGUUAUUGGCACCAUCCAAUUGUUUUAUUAACAAAUGGUUUUAGAACAGUGCUCUUAUCGCAGGGACUCUCCACUGUACCCAUAGCAUAACCCUUUUCCCAGCUCCAUCUAUAAUGCAGAAAUUACACCGCCAUAUAAUCAAGUGUAAUUUUUUAUCAAACCUGAACAGCAAUGAUGGCCUGGGAGUGAAGGGCUAACCUUCCCCCACUACUGUCAGCCUAGCAUCUACAACCAAGUUGGAUGGAUUAGUACUGAUAAUACCAAAGUGUCGUGUGAGUUUUAUCAGUUAAGCUAAAGAGUGAGCGAGCUAUAGUUGCCAUGUAGAGCCAUGGUUUUGGUGAAACUGUUUGACAAAAAAUAAUGCGAGUCUGUUCCCAUAGAAAUAUAGCACCACAACUACUAAAUUGAGCUGUAGUGGUUAUGGUUCUUGGUGUCCCCUUUAAUCCCUGGAAAAUUGACUGAAUCUCAUCUUGUCUAUUUGAUCUGUUACAUGGACUUUGACCUGUCAUCUAUGGUGGAAAGGCAGCCGGUUGGUAAAUAAGAUCUCCUCUUGUCUGGUCUCUUUGCCCUGUCAUGCUGCCAUUUUGUCUAAUGAGACUGCAGUCUGUGUUAACUUUGGCUUUGCUACUGGAAGCAAGACACCAGAUAGAGCUCAGUAUUUAGUAUUUUGUACACUUUACUAAUUUGCUUUUUUGUUACAAUGUCAAUAAAAAAUCAUUUAUUGUAAUAGUUAAAAUCAUUCAUGUUCAUCUUCUCUUUUUGUUUUUUACUGGUACAAAAUAAAGAUGUCCGUAUAUUGCCAGAUCAGGAACAUAAUGUUUUACCAUAGAGGGCGCCUUUACAUCUUUCGUCACCCUGUUGUAGUUACUUUUCAGUUAGUCUUUUGUGAAUUCACCCAAAUGGCAAUCACGUUGCUCCUAUCUUUAUGUACAGAGCGGUUGUAGAAAAAUCACUCUGUUUGUGGACAUUGUGACACUUCUGUAAUAAUAUGUAAUCUAGAUCUCGAACGGCUAAUUAUGUGAUAUGAGAUUUGUCAAACUUCUCAAAAUAAUUCUCACCAUCCUAGAGACACUGCCUUCAAGCGGAUUCUGUUUCAGCUCAGAAAUAGUGGGUGACCAUUUGAGUGGUUCACGCCUAAAAUUAGAAUAGCUCCAUCUUUCUUUUAUUCUUGUAAACUAACCUCUGGCACACCAUUCUCACCUCUAAACCAAUCAGCUUGCAGACGUGUGACAUGGAUUCCCUUUUAUUCCAUAAGUUUGGUCCUUAAGGGGUUAAACACGUUUAAUUCUCACUUUAGUUAAUCACACUGGUAGCCUGUACAACAUUUCUUUACUAUGUCUGCUUCUAUUGUAUUAUUAGGGACAUAAUGUGCAGAGAGAUAUCUUUUAGGUUCCUGUUCAUUUUUUCCAUCCUCCAUGUGUCCAAGAAACUGCCUUUUAAGCCGCGUGCAGCCACACAUUCUUUGCUUAUGCAGCAAUGUGACAGCUGACAUUGCAAAAAAUUAACAUUAUUGCUUCUUCUAAAUACAGUUUUAGACAUCAACACCCUCCAGUUCAGCACUGAUAUAGAAAGCAUUGAACCCCAGACCAAUAAAUCCUUUUUCCUGUUUAACUUGUUGGUUCAGACACAGGGAAAAGGAAACGCCACCCUGGACAUGCAGAUUUUAAUUGCGGUGCUGAUGAAAUGAUCAAAAGCCACGCACAAAGGAAUUUGUGGACGGCCUCGUUCUUGGAGCUGUAAAUCUUUUUUUAAAAAAAAUGUGUUCCAAUGCAUAUUUAGAGUUUUCACUAGACUUCCUAGUCACACACGCACCCUUUCACACAGACGCCCUGUUAAUAGUGUCCAAAGGGAAUAGAGUCCGUAUUGUUCAACAAGACAGGCUAUGUCCAAGUGUGAGCAAAAUGGAUUCAAUGUAUAAAACUAGCUCUGGACUUGCCAAAACUGGAGUACCCAGGCACGAUAGGGCUAUAUUAAUAAUGCACGUUACUAGAUCCUUGUACUUUACAUCCUGCAUAGAUAUUUAUAUAAGUGCCAAUUACUUUGUGAAUAAUAUUGAUCUGUUUGUGGUUUUUUCUUUUCUUGCUUUUCCUCCUAGACUGGCUGGAAAUAAACAGAGAGUGCUUAAUAUUACUGCACUAUACUGAUUAAACUGAUAGGGCCACAAGUCAGGUUUUAUUAAAUGAGCAUUAAACUAUGAAUAAAGGACAUCAAACUAUUUCUGCCACACAAGAUAUCUUUCUGAUAAAUCAGAAGAGAAUUUACACUUCCGCUCCAUGUGAAUGGUGUUUUUAAAAUGAUACAUACAAACAAAAUACAUUUUUUUUUUUUUUUUUUAAUUCACCUAAUCCAGAACUUGGUUUCAUGCUGUUUAAUUCCUUAUCUAUGCAGGGCUUUAGUGUUCUGUUUCCUUCUUUUUGUUACUUUAUAAUGCAGUUGUUGCAUUAUAAUUCUGUUAAAAUGUCAUCAGACUGUCUUAUAAAGUGAGUGUAUCAACAUGUCUAUUGUCUUAACAAGUGAGUGUAUCACAUCAUCCUUUUUGUGCAGUAAAGACCUUUAUUUGUUGUCCAUUUCACUUUUCAUCACAGGAAUGACCUCUGCAAAUCCAAAAAGUAUUGUAGGGAUGUGUCAGAGUUAAAAGAAGAGCUGCAUGCUAUGAUGGAGCGGCUAUUGAACGGUGCUUGUAAACAAAAUGACUCCUCGGUGGGUUUGUACUACUUCAGGUGAGCUUCUACUUCUUUAUGUUGUCCAGCUGCGAUUUAAAAAAACAAACAAAAAACAAUGUAAUUGAGAAUAUAUUGAGCUACUUUAAAUAAUGAAAGUAUUUAGAAAAUUGGGCAGACUAGAUGGGCCGAAUGGUUCUUAUCUGCCGUCACAUUCUAUGUUACUAUUUAUUCCUUGUCCUAAGGGUAUGUUGUGGUAAUUGUGCAUUAUACAAGAAAGGUAAUGCAGAAGAGUUUAGCAACACAGAUAUUUCUACAUGAAUAAACUAUUAUGUGACGUCAAGGUUGUGUUACACAGAACGUUCUAGCACUGUCCUUCAGUUUAAUGUCAAACUGUUUAUGAAUGGUGAAUCGGGGCACUUCCAGGCACCUGGACACCACCCCAUCCUUUGCUGCAUAGAUAAGGCAGACGUAAUCAUUCCAUUUAUCCGUAUUAAAGUUGAUCAUCAAUGUGUUGAACAGUUUUAGUCUAAAAAUGCACUGGCAGGAGUGUUGUCCUAAGUUAAUAAUGUUCUCAUUUGCAAAACUAAAAUAUAUCCUGUAAAGCAGUACACUUGGAAUUUGUCUAUCACAGUCAAUUUCAUGACCUAGAACAUCUGAUUCAGGAACCGUUGAGUCUAUACAUUCUACUGCAUUACCAAUAAAUGUAUAGUUCCAAAAUGUAUACCGCUAUGUGUGUGUUUACAAUGUGCGCAGUGCAGCAUGCUACAAUACCAAGAGUGCAGUUUUUGCUCUUAGUGAAUUAGAAGGAAAGUGGGCCUCCAUCAUGGUGGUUUUACCUAAAACUAAGCUUGGGAAUCAUGCUUUAAUUGUUUAUAUAUAUUAUACAUUUUAUAUAGUCCAAGUUUCACCAUAUGACAUUUAAUGACAGUUACAAUGAUUAUGGUAUGAUACUUUGUCAGUGUUGGUUUUGUUUAUUUUUGCUUUGUGAUUUAAAAAAAAAAUAAUUUUUUUUUUUUAUGUAUGGUCUAACAGCAUUAGCGUAGGAGAAAAAAAAUAUUACACUGCAGCAUUUUUAUUGGUGGUUUUUAUUAAUAGGGACUUUACCCCCCACAAUCUUGUGCCUUUUCCUCUUAUGGUUUCCUGAUUUGUGUGCGGCCUGUUGAUAGUGGGACUAUAGGGCAAGACAUGACAUAAACCCCAAUAAGAAAAGUUAUUCUUUACAGCAUCAACUGAGGCAGUUGCAAAUUGUGACAAACGUAAAAAAAAUGCAUUUGAAUUGUUGUGUUUUAUCAAAAUGUUAACUGUUACAUUGAUAACUUAGGUCAUUUGUGGGUAAACAUACUUUUUUUGACCUGAUCGUCACAACUAUGAUCAAAAUAAUUUUAUAAUCAAUGGCUCUACAUGUCUAAUUUUUAAUGUAUUGCUUUUUCCAUUCAGCGCCUCCCUUUAUCUUUUCAAAGUACUGAAAAAUAGUACAAAGGGUCAACCAGAGUCAGACGACACAAAGACAUUGUCUCAGGUAUGUCAGUAAUAGACCAUUUUUAAAAGCUUAACAAUAUUUUUAGAGACCAUGUCAUUUUCUGAUCAGCACCGUUUAAAGCGCAUUAGCAACAGAGCAAAUGUGCCUAAUAUUCAUUUGUGGUUGAGAAGCAAGAUGUUUUAAAAACACACCAGGAUCACAGGAAGUAUCAGCUGUUGGAGAAAUGCUGUCUAUAGAACUAUAAUGUCUUAUUUGGUUGUGAUCAUGUGAAGCUAUAAAUAAAACCACGGGGAUAAAAAUUUUAUUUUUAUAAGAGAAAAUGAUUGUAAUGACUUCAGCUUAUUGAAAUGGUUAUGGUUCCAAGGUACCAUUGGUCACACUGGCAAUAAAGCUUGAAAGCAAAUUUGAAGCUCCACCUUCAAACUAUUUCACUCAGAGAGCUAGGAAUUACACUUCCUGGUGAACACAACUCAUACCCGUGAGUAGGUAAGGCAGCAGAAACUUGAGAGGGACUAUAAGUUAUUGCUCCUUGGAAGUAACGUCUUGCAAGUCUACAAAGUGUCCUGGACAGUGACAUUCUUUGGGCUUACACGUACUGUUCUGUGGAGCCACCCUUUUAAGUCCCCUGUGCCUGCUGAGAGCUAGGAACUUCAAUUUCUCCCUCUUUAAUUUAAAUGUGGAGCUCGCUGCCACCUUCAAAUCCAGGUUAAACAUAUUUUGCAAGCUUGACAAAUUAAACAAAAUAGUACUAGGAUACCCUGGCACCAAAACCACUUCAAUAAGCUGAAGUUGUUAUAGAAAAGCUUUCUCGCUCUCUCUGCACAAUAUUUGUUCUCAUCAAGAAACUGAGCAAGAUAUGGUCUUUUUCCAACAUUUGUUGUGCAACUACAGAAUAUUGUACACUCAUUAGGUAAUUUAAAAUAAUCUAAUUCAGAUCAGAGCUCUAUUGCACUAUAGCUUCAUACUACUGGUGAUCAUACAUAUUUUGCAAGCAUAUGUAUCUUAGAUAUGCAUUAUUAAAUUUUUUUUUUUUUUAAAUCUAGGGUGAAUACUUUGGGUGCCUGGAUCUCCCACGGGUGACAGAACUCUAUCAAGAAUCAUUGAAGAGCUUCAUGUCCAAGCGAAAGACCUCCCUCACUGCCGCCAUGUUCAUGGAUCUCUUUCACCGGUACCCAGUGAGUACAUGUUCAGUGUUCUGACAAGAUAAGACUUUGUUAGAACUUGAGGAUUGAUUUUCAAUAAUGUGUCAGAAAUAUGGAUGAAAUAGCAUUCUGUCUAUGCAGUCUAGCCCAGUCUGAGUUAUAUCUGUACCAGAUACGAGACACACAAAGUUUAACAGUCUCUUAAGCCAGACAAAGUGAGUGGAAGCAUCCACAUCACUGAGAUCUGUGAACCUCUGUAGCAUAGAGAAUGCACGUUUUUUACUAAUUCAUAUUAUGUUUUUGUUACAGUUUAUGUGCAAGCCAAUGCUGACUAUUAUAUUAACCUCUAUUAAAGAUGGCGCUAGACAACAUCAACAGGUGAGAGACCGAUGUUUUAAAAAAAAUGUUUUACCAUUUCUUUUACCGGUUUAUAUAGCCAAACACAUUGUUAUCAUGGUUCCUAUUCCGAUGUACUCAAUUCAUUGACAGGUACUGUGUAUAUGUGCUUGUGAAACAGGACUGGUUUGGCAGUUCCUCCUUCAUCUAUGUUUCUUUGGUAAUUAUCCUUCACAUAAUUUAAAGGUAAUACGAUCUACCAUGUGAUGCAACAAAUCUUACCUAUACACUUUAUUUUAGAUUUUGUUUAUACUCCAUUCAUUUGUAACCGCAGCCGGUUCCCCUGUUUACCACUAUAACGUUUUAAAACAUAGAAUUUUGCAGGGUUAACCGUACAGAUAUCUUAGCCAUAAUAUUAUAUGGUUAGUAAGAGUUCCUCUAUUUAAAAUAUAUAAAUAAUUGAGAAUACAAUAUAAAUAGGGAUUGUCUUGGAAGCAAUAAAGUGUUUGUCUUUUUAAAUAUUUUAUUAAAUAUAAAUAUACACAUAUACAAACUUAAUCCAUUACAAUAAUCUAUAGCAGAGUUUAUAAGAUUAAAGUAUAUGCUUGCAAUAUCAGUAAAAUAGAAUAACAUUCCAAAAUCUCUCCUCUAUGUUCUAAUAUUAAUAAGUGGUGUACAUAUAUUUAUAUGUCAGAUGUUCAAUUAGGUAAUUUUAGGACCUCCCUUAACUUGGCAAAGAUACAAGGUCAUAACCUGGUCAGUUCACAUAGGAACAUCUCAUCUAUGUUUAGGCUAAUACUUAAGGGUGCACAGGACGUGGGAAAUUCCCUGACUUGGGGAAUUACACUAACCUAGGGCAAAAUGGUGUCCUAAAGUCUGAACACCGUAUUCACUCUAUAUGGGUAAGAGGUUAUUUAUUAAAGCAAAAUCUCCUAAAGACAAAGUACACAGUUUAAGAUAUACAACUUUUCAUUCUAAAACAUGUUAUACUUGCAUAUGCCCACAACACUCCCACAUACCCCCAACAGAACAAUGGAAAAAGAUCCAAUUUUUAUUUUUUCAUACUUUAUCAAUUUAAUCGAAAGAUCAGGAAAGGUCUUUGAAAUUGUUAGUUUUGUUCCACCCAAAAAUACUGCUAAGUCAAAGCAUGCCUUUUAUAUUAUAUCUGAUGCAAUAUUUAUGCCACACACAUUCCUUUUUUAUUUUAUUUAUUUUUUUAUUUAGGGCAUGCACAAACUGUUGAAAUUUGUAAACAUACACUAAGCGUGCUGGUUUAUCUGGUCUCACUGAAAUAUGUAAAUGUAGACAUUAGAGGUGCUGAGUAUGUUUCAUUUAUGACAGACAAAGCGUAAUAAUUUUGUUCUAUUCUAGAACCUUGUGGUAUCACAUGAACCGCUGUAUAAUUAAACACAUUAGGCAGUAUCAUUCUCCUGUUACACAUUAUAUUAUUAAGAACAUUAAACUAUCAUUAUGUUAUAUUAGGUUGAACUAGCAAUGCUUUGUUUGAUUGGUUAGAUUGUCUAGCUGAAGCAGAAUUCCUUUCUUUCCCCAGGCAUAGCACUCUGCACACAUUCUAGACCCAGACAGCUAUCGCUUGUCUGAAUUUAAUUUCAUUGCGACAUAUAUGCCAAACUAGCCAAGCUGAAAACACUUAGCUUUCAUUUCACAAAAUGUACAAAAGAGAAAAUGUAACAUAUCAGAGAGAGAUUGAGAUCCAUAUCAAUAUGCAAAGCAUCAAAUGUUAUUUGAAAGGUCCUAGUAUUACCAAGUACAACAAGCUAAACGUUAUAUACCUUCAUGAGAAUUUCCAAGCUAUCCAACUUUGACUUGGGGCAAUCACAUUAUCAGCCAUGCUGGUUGCAUUGAGAAAAAAAGGGGGUCUCACAAUUAUCUUGUGAGACAGACUACUACUACAAAUUUUAAGAUAAAAACAAAACCGAACACGAAAGCUGAGUUUGUUCAAAUGGCAGCAAUUUCUCUCCCCAAAUUCUACUUUUCCAUCACUGUCCAGUCUACAGACUCCCAUUGGUAGACUGAAUAGGUUAGGGAAAUGCAAAUCUGAAGAACAUUUCUAAACAAGGAGAAAUUGCCAUCGAAACACGUGAAACCGUGCUGCUGAUGGCUUUCACUUUUCUAACUGUGGACCUAAAGUUCACCGCAGUGGCACCAUGCCUACUUUCAAUUCAGUUUUCCUGUCGUGUACAAAGGUCAUGUACAGGACCUGUUAAUGAAGAAUAGAAUAGAGGGAAUUUUAAAUACAUUAUUAAAAUUUAAAUGAUAUCUGACAAUUACUAUUGCUUUCUAUUACAGUAAUUAAUGUGCAAUUGCUAUGGCUUAUUAAUUGAAAAGUGAUUGUUGGGAUAUUUCCAGAAUUUAUCCAUGGAUUAUAGUGCCUUUGCAUAUAUAAAACUGAGAUUCUAAAGUAAGCUGGCUGUAACAAAGUGUACUGUUUUAUUUACCCCAGUCCCAGGCAUGUGCUCUUCUUCUGAAAGCCCUGCAGACCGCGGACCUGAAGAAGAACAUGUCACCUUCUGAGUGGCAAGAUCUCCUUAAAGAAGCUAUCAACCAGGUUAUUCAGGUAUAGAACCAGCACAUUUUAACAUUUCUUCUUUUAUAACAAUGCUUUGUCAAGUUAUGUGUAGAUUCAUGCAACUGUGGUGGGGGGAUGUAUGCUUGAUUGCCUAAGAAAACCCUAACAGAUGCACAAUUAAACUGUAUAAAGGCACAGAGGUGGGGUACCUGUUGGAGUAUGGUGGCCUGAAUCUUAGAACAUCUUCGAAAAGCUAUUGAGAUGGAGACUGUUCUUGAAGACUGUAUUAGGACUACUAUUUAAACCCAAGCUAUAGCUGUAUAUAGUUAUACACAGUUUCUUAUCAGGGGUUCUGCUUUAUAUACCAUAAACACUAUUUAUUUGAAGGCUUCAUAUCAGAGCUGGAAAAAAAAAAACAACAUACAUCAGCUAGAGAUUGAAGACUAGAAUAAAUGCAAAAUUGGAGCACAAUAUAAUCACCAAGAGUCAGCUACGGGUUCUGCUCUUUCCAUGAUCCAUAUAACCAGCGUGCCAAAAGAAAAAAAAAGUGGACUUGAACUAGAUAUAAACACACAGCUUAGACUGAAAACGCCAACACGUUUUGUGCCUUAGCUGAAAGUUAUCAGAAACUUAUACGUGUUCUGCCUACUGUGUCCCAGCCUAAUACAGCCAUUUAAUCAUCAAGAAAUAAAGGUAUUUCUGUGUUUGUAGCCAGUUGAAGUCAGCAACUUUUUUUCUUUCUUUUAGCAUUGUAGUUGUUUGUUUGAAGUCUACAUACCGUGCAGUGUCAUCCUGUAUCUAUCUCAGUACAUUUUCUCAACUCUUAAAGGGAAACUGUAGGCACCCAGACCAUUUCAGCUCAUUGAAGUGGUCUGGGUGCAGUGCUGCCCCACAUUGUCCUGCAAUGUAAAUCAUUGCACUUUUAGAAAAGCAGCAAGGUAGGAGGUGGGGCCAGAGGGUACUAUUUUGUAAGGACUACAACUUUGUAAUCCCUUUAAGGCUUUAUAUAACAUAAUAGUAUGUUUAAAAAAGAAAGAAGAAGAAAUCUGAAAUGCCGUAUAGGGAGAUUUACUAUCGGGUUUUAAUUCUAGUGUUACAAAUAGAAAAGUACAACCAUGACGCAACGAAGAUAGAAAGUUUACCAAGUAAAUUUAUAUUUGUGGGUCCCAGACUAGAUUAGGGCUAAAUGUAUCGAAAACCACUACAAAUUGCCCUAAUCAGGAAUGCACUUUGUAGACAGUACAGAUUCAGCCUAGGAAGCUUGGAGAUUUGCAUUGAAUUUGCCUGUUGCUGCUCUGCCCAGGCUGAGUCUGAGUUUUAAGUGUUUGAAAAACCUUUGCUCGGAAAAUAAGAUUUCAGUAUGUAGGUAGACCUGAAGGAAUGGUGGAGUUGAGCUAGUAAGUAUAUUUUGAUAGGUGGGAUAUGGUGAGAAUGUUUUUAAUAUGUGCUUUCCAUGUUUUUGUUUUUUGUUUUUUUUCCUGUGUGCCCACUUCUCCACUGUGAUUUUACUUUGUUUUGCAGACACUGGAAGCUAUGACUGAAAUUAAAGUUAAAGUUGACCAGGAGAAACUCAUUAAAUGCUUUGAGUUGCUGAACUUCCUGAUCAAAACUGUGACACAGCAGGUAAUGUAAACUCAUAGAGGUGGUCCUCCAAAUGGUCUGGCUAUUUAAAACCCUCUGAAUGUUCUGCCUGGUUUGAAGCAGUGCACAGUGUAUCAGAACUCUGUCAGUGAUUGUCUGCUGUUGCUGUGUUUUCACAUUUCCAAUCUCUGUAUAAAAGUAUUACAUAGUUAAAGGGAUACUCCAGGCACCAAGACCACUUCUGCCCAUUGGAGUGGUCUGGGUGCCAACUCCCACUACCCUUAACUCUGCAAGUGUAAUUAUUGCAGUUUUUAUAAACUGCAAUAAUUACCUUGCAGGGUUAACUCCUCCUCUAAAAAACAGCCACUAGAGGGCACUUCCUGGUUCAUAGCACAGGUUUUCUGUGCUAUAGCGUCUGGGACGUCCUCACGCUAUGUGAGGACUUCUAGCGUCGCUAAAAUCCCCAUAGGAAAGCAUUGAAAGCAUUUUCAAUGCUUUCCUAUGGGGAGUUCUAAUGCGCAUGCGCAUUAGGUCUCCCCUGCCGGCGGCCGCACAUGCGCAGUCGCUCUCCCCCGUGGGCGGACCCUAAACCACCGCCGAGGGACAUUGGCGGUGGUCUGAGGUAAGUCACUGAAGGGGUUUUCACCCUUUCAGCAACAUGGGGUGGGGGAUGGGAGGGGAGAGGGGACCUGCAGUGCCAGGAAAACUGAUAGUUUUCCUGGCACUGGAGUGUACCUUUAAGCGCAGCCUGGAAUCUUGAGUUGGGUUGGUGGCAUGGCUCAAAAUUUCAAGUCUGUUUAGUAAAUGUAGGGUUGUUUGUGUGAGCAUUGGUUUUAUAUAAAUGUCACUGCAUUUCCUCCCUUUCUACAUUAUUUUGCUGUCCCUUAUUAAAAUAUGUGUAAAUAUGGGGUACUUUAAUCUGUCAUUUUAGAGAGCAUGUUGUAUUCUCCUAAUUUAAAAUAUACUCUAUGCAUUGAGAGUACCUGGAUGAUGAAAACCUUAAAGGGGAACUUUGUUAUAGCUUUAUAUGCAGAGUGGGCCUAAGUAGCCACAGAAAAGGCAUCUAUAUUCCACAUCAGAGUAUUUAAAUUGUUGGUCUGCUCUAGAUAUAUUGGCAUAUGCUUUCAAAGUUUCAUCACUAGAAGUAUUUUGUCGUAACAAAAGCUGCGAUUCUGGUGAUGGUAUUUAAUUGCUAUUUAAUGAUCUCUUUGUUUUAAAAUACCCUGGAGAGCCAUACAGUGAAAUAUUUGUUCAUCUUUGUGAUUUUAUAAUUCUAACCUUUCCUAUCACACAACUUAUGACACAAAGGUUUUACUACUUCUCACCUUCAAGGUAUAUUCUACCAGAAUACAUGUGUGCCUGUAGAUAAAGUUUAUGCACUUUGUUUAUUUUAAAGAGGCAUACUAAAAAUCCUAGAAUACCAUUGACCUAAUAGUUACUUAUAGAGCACAGCCGAACUACAAAUCAUGUGGUUGUAACACACAGUAUGUAAAGCCUAACCGACCUGAUCAAGAACCGGUGUUAACCAACCAAAUUUUACAUUGGGUUAGAGGUGAUGUAAGUGACUGUAGUCUGAAUUGGCUGCAACCCGUGCUGGUUUUGGAGACUUGUGGAAAGAAGUUCAGUGGCUUUUCUAGCACUAAAGCUUCCAUUACGUUUCUUAAAAAGCGUUUUGGGAUAGUACAGAAGAUAUUAUCAGUAUACUGGCACGAUAUAGGUAUGGUAUAUUAAACACUUAGUUUACACUUACAUUCAUAUUGUUAGUUGUUUUCCAUGGUGUUUUUACAAGCAAGAGAACCUCCCUGUAUGGCAGCGAGUAAUUAAAUGGGUUAUUCAAAAUUAACUUUGGGUGAAUAGGUCAACACAAGCCAAGGUUAAACAUGUUUGACUUGGAGAGUUUCUCUAUUUUGUCUGUUGUGGCCUAGAAUUUGAAAUUCCUUUUACAUUGACUAUUCACACUUUAGUGAAUAACCUAAAUCAUCAGCCAUGUGAUCAGAAUAAUGGUAUUAUCCCCAUGGAAACCAAUGGAAGCAGUAGGUAUAUUUGAUUGGGGACAACUCCACUUUUUACUUUUCAUAGUUUAUACUUGCACAUUUUCUUGAAUUGACAAAUAUAGUAAUAACAUGAAAUAUUUAGGCUGCAGCACACUUGAUAUAACUUUAUAUAUUUAUUUUGUCCAGAAACUGGAGGUCAAUCUCACUGAGCUGCAUCCGGUGCUCCAAUCUGUGAGUCAGAACAAAGGCUUUGGAACGUCAAUCCGGGAGAGAGACAUGUACUGGAAUGUCAUGAAACUUAUCGGAGUUGUGUAUGUACAUGAAAUAGUAAAUAUUUGCUCAAUUAUAUAUAUAUAUAUAUAUAAACGCAGCUAAUAUCAAACAGAGAGGCACAUUGUCAUACUUAUGGCAAAGGAUAUCAUAACGGUAUUAUAAUUCUUGAGGCAAGCUCAAAGUAUAAAAAAAUCCACCGGGCAAAGUGCUUGAAAGAUAGAAGAGGAAUUGGAGUGGAAGUAGAUGGGGGGAUAUUACUCUGCAGGGUAGGGAGGGCGUUACGUACAGGAUUUAAAUCACACAAGUCAACCAUUGAAUAUUCCUCCAAAUUAGACAUAGAGUUUCUGACUUUGGCAGCUAACCACAAGACAGUUUUCUGUGAGUUUGAGUAAAACAGAAUCCAAAGCAGUAUCCAUCUAGCUGCAAGAGUGACUUUAAAAAAAAUAAAAUAAAAAAUAUUUGUUUGGAGAAUAAACGGCAUCCACUGGCUUGCAGAGCAGAUAUGACCAGGGUUACAUCAUAAGUCUGUGAAAGGUCUAAUGUAAAAGAUCGCUAGUCUGCUUCUACAACUAGACCGCUCUGGGGCAUGAUCACCACGCUUGAAUACAUGUGCCUCUAUCUUCACAUUGUCUCCAGCAUAGGUCAGUGGUGGUCUUCUCCAGAGUUUCAUGCAAUUCACAUGAUAAAAAGAAAAUUUUCUGCACUUCUGGAGACUUCCAAUACACUGGAUGGCACUUGUCUGCAAAUACUAUUAUCCGGAACAAUGAAACACCAGGCAGGACAUACAAAAUAUAAGUGUACAAGAAAUAUAAUUAAUUUAUCUUACACUAACAGUCCAAACAGGAAAGGGACACCAAUGCAACAUAAACUAUCUGUAGAACGGAUAUCAUUUCUAAUAAGUGGGGUGAUAGCUGCUUGAUCCAAGGAGACAUCUGACUGCUAUUUUGGGGUCAAGAAGGAAUUUUUUCCUAGUUUGUUGCAAAAUUGGAAACGCUUCAGACUGGGUUUUUUUAACGUUCUUUUGGAUCAACAACAAAAACCUAUGUGAGGAAGGCUGAACUUAAUGGACGCAAGUUUCUUUUCAGCUAUGUAACUAUGUAUGUGUAUAGGUGCGAAAGUCCUAGACACCCUCUCGAUUUAGAACAAUAUAGUAUAUUGCGGCUUGUUACAGGCCUGUUAUACGGCUACCUGGAGGUUAAAGGAACACUAUAGUACCAGGAACACAAACAUGUAUUCCUGACCCUAUAGUGUUUAUUCCACCAUUUAGGUGGCUUGUUCCUCCCCCCCCCCCCAAUUAGCUCCCUUAGAAAAGGUGGAAACUCACCUUAUUUUCAGUGCCGCGCAGAUCUGCCAAUGCUGGCCCCACCCCAGAUCCACCUUCUUGGUGACAUUACCAGAAUUGUGGAUUUUUAGUCAAUCCAUUGCUUUCCUCUCUGAAAUAAAGGUUUGCUUUUCUAAUCACUAUAAAAUUAUUUUUGUCUAUUGCUGGUUAUACAAUAUGGAAAUAUAGUAUAUGAACAAUGGUGAAAAACAUUUCCUUACUGCGUACCAUGUACAGUCACUAUUAAGUACUACCAGAAACGAAUGUAUUCCAAUGGAAAUGAUGGGGUAUGUUUACUUAAAGAGUGAUACAUGUAGCCGGAUGAGUAAACUCCAGUCUCCUUACUCCUCUGUGGCGCAUGGCAUUAUACAUGGCACAGAGUGUGAUAAACUUUGUGUCCUACAUUAUGCCACUGAAGAGUAAGGGAGUCAUGUGUGCUGCCGGGUACGGAGUAAUACAAAUUGGGUAAAAAGACUGGAUGAGUGAAGAUGUUGAGCUCUAUGUUAAUGUUUUUAAAGUUUGUCUGUUGUCGAUCUAGUGGGCAUAUUUGCACAAACCUGACCUUUUCUGACCCUUACAAUUUGUAAUUUUUGUUUGUUUAAUUCAAGGCGUCCCAAGGAAACAAAGCGAAAAGCUGUGGAAGAGGUUGUUGAAAGUAAUAAUCCACCAAAGAAAAAGAAAGGGUUUUUACCAGAGACCAAAAAACGCAACGCUCGUAAGAAGGCCACCACAGGAGAACCCAUGCCAAGUGCUGCCGAAACCAAGAUCGAGAUUUCAGAAGAUCAAAGCAAAGUCUCCAGUUCGAAGAAAAGGAAGAAGAGGAGAAACAAAAAAAAGAUCUUGCAAAGUGGAGCAACGCUGGAGAACUCUGCUGUGCUUCCCCCAAUCAAGAAGGCCAAACCAAAUGGGGAGGCAGUUGCCCCCAAGGCAGACAAGACAAAGAAAAAAAAGGCAAAGAACAAGAACGCUAACUAAUCACUGCAUUAUUGUUUGUAUUUAAUAAGCAUAUUUUAUUCAGACCUUGUACAGUGUUUCGUGUGCUUUUAUUAUAUAGACCGUUCCUAUGUGUUCAAUAUCCACCAUGGAAAAUGUCUGAGGCUCAACUGCCUUGAAAACACGGAAUUCUUUUACUUGUCAAUACAGACUCUGAAAUACAUCCACAAAGCUUACAGAUGGAAAUAUACUGUAGACCUAUCACAGGGAUGGUAACUGAAAACAGGAAAGCGUGGAAUGUAAGACACUGUAUAGGUUCUAUUUCCAACUUUUAUUGUUUUUUUUUUUCUUCUUUCAGUAAAGAGUUGCAGCUUUUGACUCUGGAAACACUGGUUUUGAUGGCAUCCAAAGAAAGUGUUUGAGCAUGAAUAAACUGUUUAAUGUUUCUUCAAUCUGUCAUCGAGAACAUUGUAAAAAAGGAAAGCAUAAAAUCGGUAUUUCGUAGCCAUUACAAAAAGGCUUUAAGCUGAAAUAUUUGACUUCCCUGACCUUAAAGUAGUGCUAUUCACGUGUACAGUGUAUGUCUGAAUGAGUCCUUCGAUUUGUUCUAUUUGCAAAGUGUACAUCUGUGCUCACCAUCAAAUAUAUUUUGGGGGACGAAUUAAAGGGAAACUGUAACUUUCCCGAAUUUUUAAUGUUCUGUUUCCCGUUAACCUUUAGUCAAAAAAAUUAAAUGUACAAAUUGACACUGUUGUCUUAAUCUCUAUUCUGGAACUGAGAAUCUUCAUCUUGCCUCUUUGUCUCAAUUAUUGUAAAUGUUCCCUUUUGCUGUCAUUAAACACAAUGAAGGAAGAGAAACUGAA